AUGAAGAAACUCCUUCUCCCUCCUCUGCCUCUUCAGCUCCUUCCCCUGUUUCUGCAAAUUGCCACCCUACUCUCUGCACCUAUCUACACUCCUGUCGACGACAUCACCAUCAACUGUGGCUCUUCCGGAACCUUAUUGAACAUGGAUGACAACCGGAAUUGGACUGGAGAUAUCAACUCAAAAUUCUCCCCCUUUGAAUUACGCCAAGCUAACACCAGCAUCUCAUCCCAAGUAAGAGAAGCACAUCCCUCCUCCUCUGUUAGCCAAGUGCCUUACACCACGGCUCGGCUUUCUCUUUCCCAAUUUACUUACAAAGUUUCCCUCUCCACCGGGCAGAAGUUUAUUCGCUUCUACUUCCACCCAGUUUCAUAUGGCCCCGGCUUCAACCAAUCCAAAGCCCUCUUCUCUGUCCAAGCCGGUGGCUUUACCCUUCUUCAGGAUUUCAAUGCUUCAGUCACCGCUGAUGCUUUUGGGGCCGAGUCGCUAAGAAGAGAGUUCUGUUUGAACAUUGAUGAAGGACAGAGCUUGACCAUCACGUUCACUCCGAGCAGAGCAAUCCCAGAUGCUUAUGCCUUUAUCAAUGGGAUUGAGAUUGUGUCCAUGCCUACCAAUCUUUACUACACUUCUCCUGAAAACCCAUAUGGGGCGGAUUUUGUAGGCAACGAAAUCAAUUAUCGUAUUGAAGACAGCACGGCGAUGGAGAUGGUGUACCGAAUAAACAUCGGUGGAAGCGGACUCUCAUUCGAUCAAGACACUGGUAUGUAGCGCAAUUGGGACAGUGUGGUAGAGGAACAAAAGUACUUGGAUCAUUUGAGUUCCAGGUGGACUGUUCUUCCACAAAACGUUAGCAUUCAACUCAACUUUGUGAGAAUACCAGAGUACUCUGCUCCACAAGCAGUUUACCAAACGGGCCGGUCCAUGGGCAGCAACCACACCAGAAACAAGAGCUACAACAACUUGACAUGGGGAUUUCCCGUAGAUCCCAAGUUUUUUUACUUGCUCAGGCUUCAUUUCUGUGAGUUUGAGCCUGAAAUUAUGGACACCGGGGACCGAUCGUUUCUAAUCUAUGUGGAGAACCAACUUGCUGAGCCACGAGCCGACAUAAUCGUGUGGAGUGGUGGAAAUGGGAGACCAAUCUACAGGGACUACGUCGUGUUCAUGCCUGCAGGCCCUGAUCAGAAGAAAGUUAAGCUCUUUCUUGCACUGCAAGCAAACCCAAGAGAUUGGAUGACUAAAUACAAUGAUGUACUCUUGAACGGCCUUGAACUCUUCAAACUCAAUGAUACAAAUGGAAAUCUCGCAGGACCAAACCCCGACCCACCUCCAGACCCACCUGCGCCGUCAAGUUCAGUAAUACACAACACCAAGUCCAAUCGUAUACUUGCCAUUGCUGCCGGUGUAGCUUCCGGCCUACUCGUGCUCUCUGUCCUUUUUGGAUUCCUGAUUUUCAGGCGACGACUGAAAGCCAAGUCCUUUGUCUCCAUCCACGGGCCAGCCAAGUCAACAGAGACUCGCGGGUCAUCUUUACCCCCUUAUUUAUGUCGUUACUUUCCACUGGCUGAGAUCAAAGCCGCCACCCAAAACUUCAAUGAUAAUUUCAUCAUUGGAGUUGGCGGGUUUGGGAACGUGUACAAAGGCUAUAUCAACGACGGUGGGGCUACCCCUGUAGCUAUCAAACGGCUGAAACCCGAGUCAUCACAGGGUGCCCAUGAGUUCAAGACGGAAAUCGAGCUGCUCUCCCAGCUCCGCCACCGCCAUUUAGUGUCUCUCAUUGGAUAUUGUACAGACGACAAUGAGAUGAUCUUGGUGUACGAUUACAUGGCACGUGGGACCCUCGCCGACCAUCUCUACCACAAUGAUAACCCUCCUCUUUCUUGGGAGCAACGGCUUCAAAUUUGUAUUGGCGCGGCACGAGGGUUGAGCUACCUUCAUACCGGGGCCAAGGGCACCAUCAUCCACCGUGACGUGAAGAGCACAAACAUUUUAUUGGAUGAGAAAUGGGUGGCCAAAGUAUCGGACUUUGGAUUGUCAAAAAUGGGCACUACCAACACGUCCAAGACUCACAUUAGUACAAUGGUGAAAGGUAGUUUCGGAUAUUUGGACCCGGAAUACUACCGACGUCAACGUCUAACUGAGAAGUCGGAUGUGUAUUCGUUUGGUGUAGUAUUGUGUGAGGUACUGUGUGCAAGGCCGGCUGUGAUGCAUACAGUGGAGCUGAAGCAAAUAAACUUGGCUGAGUGGGCCAGGAAUUGUCAUCGCGACGGGGAACUUGAUCAAAUUAUUGAUCCAAGCAUAAGGGGUAAGAUUGAAAUUCAGUGUCUGAAUCAGUUUGUUGAGAUUGCAAUGAGUUGCAUGAAUGAUAGUGGGAUCGAACGGCCGUCAAUGAAUGAUGUUGUGAGGGCGCUUGAGCUUGCAUUGCAGCUCCACCGCAACUGCAUUGAAAGUAACAAUGAGGUUGCCUUCGUCAAUGACAGUUCCGCCGCGGAAAUUAGAAGUGCUGAGCCAGGUUGCGCUACAGAUGAAUCCAUCAAAUGUAUAUCUGAGACGAUCUUUUCUGAGAUUAAUGAUCCAAAUGGGAGAAUAAUAACCCAAGCAUCAAACAAACACCUUGAUACAAUUACCAUGAUGAAACCAAUUCUCAGCACUCAUCUCUACUUUUCCUUGUUUCUGCACAUGAUCGUCGUCACCAUAUUCGUUGCCGGCGAUUCGCCACCUAUUUAUAAGCCAGUCGAAGAUAUCACCGUCAAUUGUGGCUAUUCCGGUCAUGUAUUCAAUGCAUAUGAUCAGCGAAAUUGGACUGGAGAUAUCAACUCAAAAUUUUCACCCUUUGAACACCAAGCAAUUGGCAACACAUCCAUAUUCAAAGAAGCACCUCAUUCGUACACCGUCCAACAAGUGCCUUACACCACAGCGAGGCUUUCUCACUCUGAAUUUACCUACAGAUUUUUUAACCUCACAGCCGGCCAAAAGUUCGUCCGUCUGUAUUUCUACCCAGCUUCAUACCCCGACUUUGAUCCCUCCAAAGCCCUCUUCUCUGUCAAAGCCGGUGGGUUUACCCUUCUCCACUACUUCAAUGCGUCAGUCACUGCUGCUGCUUCUGGGGAGGAGAGGGUAUACAGAGAAUUCUGUAUGAACAUUGAUGAAGGACAGAGCUUGACCAUCACGUUCACUCCAAGCAGAGCAAUCCCAGAUGCCCAUGCGUUCAUCAACGGAAUUGAAAUUGUAUCCAUGCCCCCCAAUCUUUACUACACUGCAUCCGAAAGCCAAGGAGUUGGUUUUGUAGGUUACGAAAUCAAUUAUUCGAUCGAAAACAGCACGGCAAUGGAGAUGGUUUUAAGGUUUAGUGUUAUACCACAAAACGCGAGUAUUCAACUCAACUUUUCCACAGUACCAAAGUACUCUGCCCCAUCAGAAGUUUACCAAACGGGCCGGUCUAUGGGUAUGAAUAAAACCAUAAACAAGAGCUACAAUCUCACAUGGGAAUUUCCUGUAGAUUCCGACACUGGAAUGUAUCGCAAUUGGGAUAGUGCAGUAGAGGAGUACCAUUACUUAGACGAUCAGAGUUUAAGGUUUAGUGUUAUACCACAAAACGCGAGUAUUCAACUCAACUUUUCCACAGUACCAGAGUACUCUGCCCCGUCAGAAGUAUACCAAACGGGCCGGUCUAUGGGUACGAGUGAAACCAUAAACAAGAGCUACAAUCUCACCUGGGAAUUUCCUGUAGAUUCCAUGUUUUAUUACCUGGUUAGGCUUCAUUUUUGUGAAUUUCAAUCAGAAGUUACCCAAAUCGGAGAUCGAGAUUUUCUAAUCUACAUAGCCAAUCAAACAGCUGAAAAAAAUGCAGAUGUAAUCUCAUGGAGUGGCGGAAAUGGGAAACCAGUAUACAGAGACUACGUUGUGUUCAUGCCUGCAGACCCUGAAAGCCAGAAGAAAGUAAAUCUCUUUCUCACGCUGCAAGCAAACCCAAAUGAUUGGAACACUAGAUACAACGAUGCAAUCUUGAAUGGUCUCGAAAUCUUCAAAAUAAAUGACUCUAAUAGCAAUCUGGCAGGACCCAACCCCGAUCCACCUCCAUACACUACAAACAGUACUACAUACAAUCCUGCCAGUGAUGUCACCCUUCAAUGCGGCUAUUCCGGCAAGCUAUUCAAUCGGGAUGACGGCCGAAAUUGGACUGGAGACAUAAAUUCAACAUUUUCUCCCCUUGAAGUACACCAAGCUCAAGCUGCUUCAAGUUACACAUCCCUAGUAAGAGAAGCAUCUCUGUUGUCCUCCUUUCCCGGUGGAGUGCCAAUUGUGCCUUACAAAAGAGCACGGCUGUCUCUCUCUGAAUUUACAUACACAUUUCCACUCACCACUGGCCAAAAGUUCAUUCGUUUGUAUUUCUACCCAGCUUCAUAUGGUGACGACUUUGACCGCUCCAACACCCUCUUCUCCGUCAAAACUGGUGGCUUUACUCUUCUCCACGACUUCAACACUUCUCUCACUGCCGAUGCGUCUAGGAUGGGGACGAUAUACAGAGAAUUUUGUGUAAGCAUUGAGGAGGGAGAGGAGAGUCUGAACAUCACAUUCACUCCAAGCGAGGCAAGUCCAAAUGCAUAUGCCUUUAUCAACGGCAUUGAAAUUGUAUCCAUGCGCAAUCUUUACUACACUUCUCCUGAAAACCCAGAUGGGGCUGAUUUUGUUGGCAACCAAGUCAACUUCCGCAUUAAAAACACGACUGCUCUAGAGAUGGUCUACCGAUUGAAUGUCGGGGGACCUGCACUCUUUCCCAAGAAAGAUGCUGGCAUGUACCGCAAAUGGGAUAGUGAUGUUGAGGAGCGAAGUUACUUAGACACUUCAAGUUUAAGUUCAAGCCACGUUCAACAAAAUACUAGUAUUGAACUCAACUUUACCACAAUUAAAGACUACACUGCGCCAAAAGAAGUUUACCAAACCGGUCGGUCAAUGGGUGCGGGCACUAAUCUCACCUGGCAAUUUCCGGUGGAUUCCAAGUUUUUAUACUUGGUUAGGCUUCAUUUUUGUGAGUUUCAGCCUAAAAUCACCAAGGUUAGAGACCGAAUUUUUACAAUCCAAAUAGCCAAUCUAACCGCAGAACAAGGAGCCGACAUAAUUGAAUGGAGUGGUGGAAAUGAGAGACCAGUGUACAGAGACUAUUUGGUUUCCAUGCCUACCGACCCUGGCGGAACCCGAAAGAAAGUUAACCUCUCUCUCGCACUGCAAGCAAAUCCAAAUGCUGGAAUCUUGAAUGGGCUCGAAAUCUUCAAGCUAAGCGACUCAAAUGGCAAUCUUGCUGGACCUACCGAUUUGACUCCGUCAAGUUCAGUAAAACACAACACCAAGGCCAUUGCUGCCGGUGUAGCUUCCGGGGUACUUGUGCUCUCUGUCCUUUUUGGAUUCCUGAUUUUCAGACAACGAUGGAAAGCCAAGUCCUUUGUCUCCAUCCACGGGCCAGCCAAGUCAACAGAGACUUGCGGGUCAUCUUUACCCCCUUAUUUAUGUCGUUACUUUCCACUGGCUGAGAUCAAAGCCGCCACCCAAAACUUCAAUGAUAAUUUCAUCAUUGGAGUUGGCGGGUUUGGGAACGUGUACAAAGGCUAUAUCGACGACGGUGGGGCUACCCCUGUAGCUAUCAAACGGCUGAAACCCGAGUCAUCACAGGGUGCCCAUGAGUUCAAGACGGAAAUCGAGCUGCUCUCCCAGCUCCGCCACCGCCAUUUAGUGUCUCUCAUUGGAUAUUGUACGGACGACAAUGAGAUGAUCUUGGUGUACGAUUACAUGGCACAUGGGACCCUCGCCGACCAUCUCUACCACAAUGAGAACCCGCCUCUUUCUUGGGAGCAGCGGCUUCAAAUUUGUAUUGGUGCGGCACGAGGGUUGAGCUACCUUCAUACCGGGGCCAAGGGGACCAUCAUCCACCGUGACGUGAAGAGCACAAACAUUUUAUUGGAUGAGAAAUGGGUGGCCAAAGUAUCAGACUUUGGAUUGUCAAAAAUGAGCACUACCAACACGUCCAAGACUCACAUUAGUACAAUGGUGAAGGGUAGUUUCGGAUAUUUGGACCCGGAAUACUACCGACGUCAACGGCUAACUGAGAAGUCGGACGUGUAUUCUUUUGGUGUAGUAUUGUGUGAGGUACUGUGUGCAAGGCCGGCUGUGAUGCAUACAGUGGAGCUGAAGCAAAUAAACUUGGCUGAGUGGGCCAGGAAUUGUCAUCGCGACGGGGAACUUGAUCAAAUUAUUGAUCCAAGCAUAAGGGGUAAGAUUGAAAUUCAGUGUCUGAAUCAGUUUGUUGAGAUUGCAAUGAGUUGCAUGAAUGAUAGUGGGAUCGAACGGCCGUCAAUGAAUGAUGUUGUGAGGGCGCUUGAGCUUGCAUUGCAGCUCCACCGCAACUGCAUUGAAAGUAACAAUGAGGGUGCCUUCGUCAAUGACAGUUCCGCCGCGGAAAUUAGAAGUGCUGAGCCAGGUUGCGCUACAGAUGAAUCCAUCAAAUGUAUAUCUGAGACGAUCUUUUCUGAGAUUAAUGAUCCAAAUGGGAGAUAAUGGACAGCAUUUUUGAAUUACCCAAAAAA